CCAGUGACGGGCUUUGACCUCUGGAGCGCGGUGCUCACCAUCGGGCUGGUCUGCACCCUCUACACCACGCUGGGCGGGCUGAAGGCCGUCAUCUGGACCGACGUCUUCCAGACGCUGGUGAUGCUGGCGGGGCAGCUGGCCGUCAUCGUGGUGGGGGCCCAGCGGGUGGGGGGCAUGGCCCGCGUCUGGCACGUGGCACAGCAGCAGGGCAAGAUCUCGGGCAUCGACCUGGACCCCGACCCCUUCCAGCGCCACACCUUCUGGACGCUGGCGGUGGGGGGGGUCUUCAUGAUGCUGUCCCUGUACGGGGUGAACCAGGCGCAGGUGCAGCGCUACCUCAGCGCCCGCAGCGAGCGGGAGGCCAAGCUCUCCUGCUACGCCGUCUUCCCCUGCCAGCAGAUCGUCCUCUGCCUCAGCUGCCUCACCGGGCUCGUCAUGUUCGUCUACGACCGGGAGCACCCGCUGGCCCCCGGCCAGCGCCCCGGCUCCUCCGACCAGCUGGUGCUGUACUUCGUGAUGGACGUGCUGCGGGACCUGCCGGGGCUGCCCGGGCUCUUCGUCGCCUGCCUCUUCAGCGGGUCCCUCAGCACCAUCUCCUCCGCCUUCAAUUCGCUGGCCACCGUCACCAUGGAGGACCUGGUGCGGCCCCACUGCCCCGGGCUGUCGGAGUCACGGGCCACCCUGCUCUCCAAGCUGCUGGCUCUCGGGUACGGAUUGCUGUGCCUGGGGAUGGCCUAUGUCUCCUCCAUGCUGGGCCCCGUGCUACAGGCGGCCAUCAGCAUCUUUGGCAUGGUGGGGGGCCCGCUCCUGGGGCUCUUCUGCCUGGGCAUGUUCUUCCCCUGUGCCAACCCCACGGGUGCCGUCGUGGGGCUCCUGGUGGGCCUGGCCAUGGCUUUCUGGGUGGGCAUCGGCAGCCUGCUGCAAAGUAUGGGGGGAGCCGGGGGGGUCCCCCCGCCCAACGGCACUGCGAUCCCCCCCAUGGGCAACCUCACCACCAUCCUGGCCACCACCGCGCUGGCCCCCACCACGGCCCCCCACAGCCCCACGGGGCUGGAGAAGUUUUACAGCCUGUCCUACAUGUGGUACAGCGCCCACAACUCCACCACCGUCAUCGUGGUGGGGCUCCUGGUCAGCCUCAUCACCGGCCCCACGCCGGCGGCAGCCGUGGACCCCCGCACCAUCUCCCCGGUGCUGCCGCGCCUGCUCUGCUGCCUGCCCCACAAGUACCGGCGGAGGCUCUGCUGUGGGGUGGUCUUUCCUGACCAGGACACUGACCAUGCGGAUGCCGUGGUGAAGAGCAAUGGGGUGGCCAAUGGCCUGCCCCCCCUGCCCCCCGCCGGGCGGCUGGAGGAAGAGGAGGGACAGGGCUACAUCCGCGCAGAGGGGGCCCCCGCCUACACCCUGCAGGAGACCUCCUUCUGAGCCCCCCCUGACCCCCCCAAACGGACCCCCCCAUGGGGAGCCUGGACAUGGCUGGGGAGCACUAAAUAACCGGGAGGGGCUGGGUGGGCUGCA